CUCUUAUACUUUGAAAUUUAUUUACAGUUGGUGUGGGCCAUGUAAAAUUUUGGAGCCCAGGUUAGAAACAAUUAUUGGAAGUAAAAAUGAUAAAGUUCAUUUAGCUAAAGUGGAUAUUGAUGCAAAUGCUGAACUGGCUAUGCAAUAUAAUGUAAGUGAAGCAGUACCUCAUGUAAUAGCAUAUAAAAAUGGACAGAAAGAGAGUUCUUUUAUUGGAGUGCAAGAUCAAGAUCAGAUUGAAAGCUUUGUGAAUAAGCUAAUAGGAAGUUAAUUAUUGUAAUUAGAGAAAAUGAGUAAAAUUUUGUAGAACAAGUA